GGCGGGUGACGGGGAAGAAGCGGAGGUCGCUGCGGCGUUUGAGUCGGUAGGAGGAGGUACCGCUACUGCCGCCGUCUCAGUGGGCAGUGGGUGUGGGCGCAGCUCCCAUAGAUUCGGUGUCAGGGUUGUUAUUGGUUACUGGAGAAGAUGGCAUUUAGCAAAGGAUAUCGUAUCUAUCACAAACUGGAUCCACCACAGAGUCCUUAUAGUGUAAUUGUAGAAACCCGAAAUCGAGAAGAUUGUUUGAUGUUUGAAUCUGGAGCUGUGGCUAUUCUUUCAUCAGCUGAGAAGGAGUCUAUCAAAAGCAUGUAUGCCAAGCUCCUUGAUGCUUAUGGCCUUUUGGGUGUUUUGAGGUUGAAUCUAGAUGACAAUAUGUUGCAUUACCUUGUGCUGGUAACUGGCUGUAUGUCAGUGGGAAAGAUACAAGACUCUGAAGUCUUCAGAGUCACUUCUACUGAGUUCAUUUCUCUUCGAAACGAGCCUUUGGAUGAGGAACGCAUCUCUGAAGUACGAAAAGUGUUGAAUUCUGGAAGCUUCUACUUUGCUUGGUCCUCCAGUGGUGUUAGUCUGGACUUGAGCUUGAAUGCUCAUCGUAGAAUGCAAGAACAUACAACGGAUAAUCGUUUCUUUUGGAACCAGGCAUUGCACUUGCACUUGAAGCAUUAUGAUGUGAAUUGUGAUGAAUGGGUAUUGAGACUUAUGUGUGGAGGAGUGGAAAUUAGGACCAUCUAUGCUGCUCACAAACAAGCGAAAGCUUGUUUAAUUUCACGUCUCAGCUGUGAAAGAGCUGGAACAAGAUUUAACGUGCGGGGAACUAAUGAUGACGGACAAGUAGCUAACUUUGUUGAAACAGAACAGGUGAUAUUCUUGGAUGAUUGUGUGUCUUCUUUUAUUCAAAUCCGUGGUUCCAUUCCUUUGUUCUGGGAGCAACCGGGCCUUCAGGUUGGGUCCCAUCGUGUUCGGAUGUCCAGGGGGUUUGAAGCCAAUGCACCAGCUUUUGACAGACAUUUUAGAACACUGAAAAAGCUAUAUGGGAAGCAAACUAUAAUCAAUUUACUAGGAAUGAAAGAAGGAGAGCACAUGCUUAGUAAAGCAUUCCAGAGUCAUUUGAAGGCAUCGGAACAUGCUGCAGAUGUUCCAAUGGUGAAUUUUGACUACCACCAGCAGGUAAAGGGUGGAAAGACAGACAGACUUAUAACUGUGCUGAAACACAAACUAGAGACAUUUCUGGAAGAAUGUGACUUUUUUUAUUGUGAUUCCCGUGGUGUUCAGAGGUGCCAGACUGGUGCUAUCAGAACCAAUUGUCUUGAUUGCCUAGACAGAACAAACAGUGUGCAAGCUUUCUUUGGAUUGGAGAUGCUUCACAAGCAGUUAGAAAUUCUAGGGCUAGCUGAGAAGCAACAGAUGAUCACUAGAUUUCAGGAAGUCUUUCGUUCCAUGUGGUCAAUGUGUGGUGAUUCAAUAAGUAAAAUCUAUGCUGGAACUGGAGCACUGGAAGGAAAAGCAAAGGGUGGAAAGUUUAAGGAUGGAGCUCGCUCAGUGACAAGAACCAUUCAGAAUAAUUUCUUCGAUAGCUCCAAGCAGGAAGCUAUUGACAUCUUGUUACUUGGUAAUACGCUGAACAGUGACUUGGCAGAUAAAGCUCGAGCUCUCCUAACGACUGGUUCUUUACAUGUUCCAGAAUUGACACUUCAAUCAGCUUCACCCCAAGUCUUGCAUGGUAUGUGUGAAAACUAUCAUAAAUAUACAAAACCAAAACGUAUCAGAGUUAGUGUUGGAACCUGGAAUGUGAACGGUGGAAAGCAAUUUCGCAGUAUUGCUUUCAAGAAUCAAACUCUGAAUGACUGGCUGUUGGAUGCGCCAAAAAAAGCAAAUGCUCAAGAAUUCCAAGAUAGGGGAGGCAGACCUGUAGACAUAUUUGCUAUCGGAUUUGAAGAAAUGGUUGAGCUGAAUGCAGGAAAUAUUGUAAGUGCAAGCACCACCAAUCAGAAAUUAUGGGCUGCUGAGAUUCAGAAGAGUAUCUCCAGGGACUGCAAGUAUGUUCUUUUAGCUUCUGAGCAACUUGUGGGUGUCUGCCUAUUUAUUUUUAUCCGACCACAACAUGCUGCAUUUAUCAGGGAUGUAGCAGUGGACACUGUGAAGACUGGAAUGGGAGGAGCUACUGGUAACAAAGGAGCAGUUGCUGUCCACAUGUUGUUCUAUACCACCAGCCUUUGCUUUGUUUGUGCCCAUUUUGCUGCAGGACAAUCACAGGUCAAAGAACGGAAUGAGGAUUACGUUGAAAUAGCUCGUAAACUGAGUUUUCCAAUGGGCAGAUUAUUGUUUUCUCAUGAUUAUAUAUUUUGGUGUGGAGAUUUCAAUUACCGCAUUGAUCUUCCAAAUGAAGAAGUAAAAGAGCUGAUAAGACAACAGAAUUGGGACUGCCUUCUGUCAGGGGAUCAACUUAUUAAUCAGAAGAAUGCUGGACAUAUUUUCCGAGAUUUUCUGGAAGGUAGAAUAAGUUUUGCUCCAACUUACAAAUAUGACCUAUUCUCUGAUGAUUAUGAUACAAGUGAAAAAUGUCGGACUCCAGCUUGGACAGAUCGAGUUCUUUGGAAAAGACGGAAGUGGCCUGUUGACAAAUCAGCUGAAGACCUGGAUUUGCUGAAUUCAAGUAUUAAGGAUGAAUCUAAACUAACUAAUUCAUGGAGUCCUGGAACAUUAGUUUAUUAUGGACGAGCAGAAUUAAAAACAUCGGAUCAUAGGCCGGUGGUUGCCAUCAUUGAUAUAGACAUAUUUGACAUUGAUCCUGAUGCUCGACAGAGAGUUUACAAGGAUGUUAUUGCUCUGCAAGGACCACCGGAUGGCACAGUGGUAAUGUCACUGACCAGCUCCUCCUCGGACCAGAAUUACUUUGAUGAUAAUUUGAUAGACCAUUUGCUUCAACAGUUUGCUGCAUAUGGUGAUGUUAUUUUGAUAAGGUUUGUAGAAGACAAAAUGUGGGUGACGUUCUUAGAAGGCAGUUCUGCUCUUGCAGUACAAAAGUUAAGUGGUACUGAGGUUUUGGGCAGAAAAAUUGCCAUCUGUCUGAAGAAUCCAGACUGGAGCAGUAAACUGGAGGAAGAAAUUAAUCUUGAAAGAAUUGGCCUUGGUUUACCGGUCUCUGCUAGUUCUACUCUGCUGGGAGAGGAUACAGUUGUUACUGCUGACUAUGAUAUGGAAGGUGAUGUGGACGACUAUAGUGCUGAAGUAUAUGAAAUCCCUCAGCAUUUGCAGCCUCUUUCUGGUUCAGGUUCAGGGACUUCUCCUGGUUCUACUCCCAGGACAAGUCCCUGUCCAUCACCCACAAUACCAGAGGUGCUUCCACCAUCACUGCCUAGCAGACCAAGUCGAGCAACUCCAAGGACUUCCACGUUACCACAUGAACAGUCACAUCAAGCUUCUUCAGAGUUCCAACAAGUCCCAGCACAGAAGGAAAGUUGUCAGACUCUGGAACCAAAACGGCCACCACCGCCACGCCCUACAGUUCCUCCUUCAAGACCUGUCCCACCACAAAGACCUCCUCCUCCUACAGGAGCGAGAAGUCCAGCAGCCGCUAGGAAAGAGUUGAAAGGUCCUGGGGCACCUGUCAGUCCAGGGUUAGCUAGAAAGGAAAUGGAAGUGCCAAAGAGCCCAGCACAAGGCAGGAAAGAACCAGAAGGUCGUGGUCAACCACCUCCACAUGCAGUCACAAGUUUAGCUAGUUCAGGAGCUGGAGCAGCUUCCAGACCGAAUAUACCACCACGUGCUGGUGUAAUCAGUGCACCAGCAAAUCAGGUGCCUAUCAAACCAGCAGUAGGACUACCACUCUCAGAUGUUCUGAACAAACCAGAACCUUUAAAAGGGCCAAUGCUCCUGCCAGAACCACUCAAGCCAAAGAUUGCUACGCCACUUCCAUCUCAACCCUCCUCCAUAAGUUCCCAGAAGCUGCAAGAACCUCUUAAACCAGUUGGUUUGAAACCCAUUUCUCAGACACCGCCCCCUUUUCAUAAUAUAGAUCAUCUUGCACCACAAGCUCCACCCCGCAGCAAAUCUGCUCAAAACCUGCCAGUAGAACCUGUUACUGCAGAGCAGCUAAAAGCCAAUAUUAAUGGAUUUAACAAUGGAGAAACAUCCACCGUUGACCCUUUUGCUGACUUUUCACUUGACCGGCUUGCUGACCCUUGGACAACGACCCAGUUAUCAAGUGGAAACACCAGAAUGCGGCCAGCAUUUGCUUCUGUAUCUCCGACUUUGUGCCAGCAACAAUCCAUGCAACCCAUUGUAUCAACACAGCCUGAUUGCAUGCCAUUUGCCCCUCCCAUUCCUCCCCGAGGUAAAUCACAGGAGAACUUCCGAGUCUCUCCACCUGCUUUCAACUUCUUAGUUGAUGGAAAUGGCUCCAGCACAAAUCCUUUCACUGGAAAAGUCAGUUACAAUCCAUUUAGGACUGAUGCUCAAAAUGCUGUUCAGAAACCUGUUGCAUCACAACUGUCUGUGCAAAGCAGCAGCAGUUACCCUGUUCUGUCCACUAACACAAUGACUUCUGGAGUGGAGAUUGGCAAAACUGCCUUUUCAUCAAAUCCUUUUGCAGAUGACAGUACCCUCCAAAGCAAACUUACAAAAGAAAAAAUGCAAAUUAGCGGGUGGGUGACCUUUGAGGAUAAUGACUUCGGUGUAAAAGAAAGAAAUAUGUCAACAGAUGCAAAAAAAAUUGAUACCCAGAACCUAUGGAAUGAAAACAUUAGCAAUUUGUCACAAAAGAGCACUGAAGAAUUAUUUCCAGGUACAGAUUUCGGGUUUGGCAAUGACUGGAACAAAAGUAACACAGCAUCUGGUACAUCAAUACCUGCACCAUCUCGAAGAGCACCACCUCCUAUACCUCAGAGAUCAAAUGCCAUCAUACCAAUCCUGCCAUUUAAUUCAGCGGCAACUGCCUUUUUAUCAAAACAAGACUUCACAGAAAGAUGAAAGGUAUUCCAAUAAGGCAGGCUGAUUUUAUUUGUAAGUUGAAUUCUUUAUUGGGACAUUACAUGUGCAAUAUGUUGUGUUUGAAAUAUUAUUAAACACCUGGUAUCUCUUGUACAAGAUCAGUAUUAGCUUUAAAAUAUUGGUAAUAGAUUUGAAUAGUCAACAGAUUAUUACAAUAUUUUGUUAACGGUCCAAGUUCAAAAUUAUUUCCUGGAUAUCAGAAAAUGAAUGGCAUUUUAGGAAAUGACCUUGUCUAAGAUGUAGUUAAAAUUACUUGUGCACGGAGAAGUGAUAAGGCUUUAAGUGACAUAAUUCAUGAGUUAUUUGAUCAAUGUGAAUCACUCUGGUUAAAGUAAAAUUUAUAAUCCUAAACCCACCUGAGAAAUCUUGGUUCAAAUCUGUCCCGUGAUAACUUUGCAUCAGGGUUAAAAUUUGUAACAGUCACAUAGCUCUGUGUGUUUUAUUGUUUUCAUCGUAUACAACAGAUUCAUUUUGGCAUUCAUUUUAAUGCCUCAAGAUUUUACUACUUUUGUCAUAAAGCAGGAGACAUUACGAUAUAAAAUACUUGCUGAUUUUUAAAAAUAUUGUUGUGCUUUUGUUUAUCUUGCUGCAUCUGGUUGUGGUGGUUAAAAGAUACUUUGUACUAAUGAACAGGAUUACUAUAAUUGCUGCACAGUGAAAGUGAAACAGAUUUAUUUCUUAACACGAUUAUAUAGCUUUGACUAAAUUGUCAAAAUUUGUCACUAAGUUGGAUCACAAGCUUUUUGAGUAACACAAUCAAACUGGCAGUUUACUUUGCAAAGUUGUGGUUAUACUGUAUAUUAAAGCAAAAGGGUUGCAAUUGUUGUGCAGCUUGUGUCUAAUAGUUAUUAUGGAAUCUAUCAAGUAGUUUAUUCGACUAAUAUUGUGCACUCUGUUUUGAUCACAGUGAAUUUAAUUCUGUUAAUGGGAUAAAUUAUAUUUUUGGUCUUUGUGACUAAAACUAGGUGGUACCUAAUAAGUUCAAAGAUGCAACCAAUGAUAGUAACUAAAUUAACAGGUUCACUGAAUGAAAUGCUCUUUUUGCAAGGUAGAUUUGAGGAAAAUAAACAGCAUAUAUGCUUUACUAUAUUGACUCAGAUGCCACAGGUACCUUGAAAUUCUACUACUAAAUAUUAAAGCCCAUAAGCUCAAUUUGCCUAUAUUCCAUCAUUAUCUGGAGAAAAAAAUAGCAAAUUACAUUUUGGUGUAAAGUUUGAUGGUUGACAAUUAAGCCAUAUUUAUCAACAGAUAUUUCCAUAUAAAAAAUCAUAACACUGACUGCAUAAAAUUAUAUUUCAUUCUUAAUUUACUGUAUGACCCUGCAUGCAAUAUCCUUUCACAUUUCCAAGAUUAAACUUACUUCAAAUGUAAACUAUAUUUUACUAAAACUUGAAUUUUCAUUCAAAAUCCAAAAUUAGUGGUCACAUCAACAAGCACACUUAGCCUAUACCCUGCCCAUCCUAUCUAGAACAUUUGUAAAAUACCUAUCAAAGUUAAUUUUAUAAUAUAUUUCUGUCAUUAUAUGUACAUUUAUUUAACUUAUUUGAGCCUACUUGUGAUUUAAAUAGUUAGACUAUAGUUUAGUUUAUCAAAGAAUACAUUUCACAAAGGAUUUGUUAAUCUGAGUAAAACCAAGAUCGUGACCAAUGAUGGAGCCAAGACUAUUGAAUAAGACAAAUCUAUAUAUCAGGAACUAUAACUAAUCUUUAUGUAUUUCCCAAGCCUGACCUAUGUUCAGAUCAUUUUAAUACAUUUGUUUGGUUUUCCACGAUGCAAAUAUAUGUUUGGGGUUUUGGUGAAAUUGUGCUAAAUAGGCAGUUGGAUGCACUUCUAUAUAUUCAAAUGUAGUAAAUAAAAAUACCAUGAACCACGUGAUCUAUUUAAAGUAUGUAUUAAAUAACCAGGUGAUUCAUUGGAUACGUUAUCCUCCUUUCCCAUUUUUGAACUUCAUUCUGAACAAUCUGAAAAUGGAAUGGACUUUUCAAUCAGGUGAAAAGUGGAAAAUCUAACUAAAGAUGCUGAAAGUUUAAUUACAUAACCUUGCAGCCUUGCUUUAGAUAGUCCUACUGAUAUCCAAAAAGCAAUAUCAUGCUUGUUGCUGCUGUUCUUGCCUGUGGUACAAUGGGGAAUAGUUGUUUAAAAAUUCUCUAGUCACAUUUCAACUGAAUACACCACUUCCAUGUAUAACUCUUAAUCAUAUACUAAAUUUUAAUACUGUCAAUGUGCAAGUAUGGUACUGCUGGUGUGCAAACUCCCAAUCUGUAACUGUUGAGUAAUCCACUGACUUAUGUGGUUUCUAAUAGGGCUGCAGCAAACAUGUAUUUUGCCAGAACUUAAACAGUGUUUACAAAAUCGUAACUGCAAUGUUUCAAUGUGGUAACUUGGCUGUUUAUAGUUUUUAUAAGUCUCUUGAUCUUUAGAGCGUCUCAAUGCAUAUCAAUAAACUUACAAUUUAAACUGGUUAUAUUAUAUUCAGUAGAUUAUGUCUAAUUCUUUUACCUGAAGACUGCAAUAUUGAAAUUUGUGUGCACAGUAAAUUGUACAUAUCAUGCAAUGUUUGAGAUGUAUCUUCAUUCAAUAAAUGUAGCUUUG